AUGAUAAUUAUUAGACUAUACUUAUUUGUCUCUUUGCAAUUAAUUUUAUGUUUCUCAAUCGAUACUAAACCUAAGUUAACAUUGGAUGAAUUUUUCGAUUAUACAUAUUUUCCAUUAAUAAGUUUGUCACCAACUGAUAAACAUUUACUUAUUCAUACAACUCGUCCAUCAUGGAAUAUCAGUUCUUUUGAACAUGCCUUGUGGCUAUAUGAUAUUGAAAAACAGACAAGAAAAUUGAUUACUCACAAUCUACAUUCAUCAAUUAAACCAAAAUGGUCACCCAAUGGUAAUUGGAUUGCAUUAUCAUUAAAUAAAUAUCCAUCCAUAACUACGAUAAAUAAUCAUCAAAACAAACAACAACUGGAACAAUAUAUUUAUUUAUAUUCUGUCAUAUCAGACGAAUUAUUACCUAUUCAUCUUGGAACAGACAUUCCAUUAACUUUGACAUGGUCAAAUAAUAAUUCAAUUUUUUACUUGGCUACAAUGAAUAUAUGGUCAACUGUUGAAUAUAAUGAUUUAGAUAAAGAUGAAUGGUAUGAUGUUAUUCAAUAUCGAAAAAAUAAAGUAUCUGAAAGUACAACAAUCUAUCGAAUUGAUCUGAUUGAAAAUAAUCACACGCUAAUUGUGAAAAGAAAUUUUAUUAAUAAUGUUUCUUUUCUAAUUAGUGAAGUUUUAUUUAUUCCAUUCGAAGAAAAAUUAGUAUAUUCAACCAUAUCAAAAGAUUUUGAAAAUAUGAAUGCUUUUGAACUCUAUUUGAUUGAUCUGAAAAAUACAUCAUCAUUAGUAAGAUUGACAAAUAAUGAAAUAUUUGAACAAGAUUUACAAUUAUCACCUGAUGGUAAACAAAUACUAUUUAUAUCAUGGCCUCUGGGUUCUACUAAAAAGAAAUUAAAUGAUACACAAAAUCGUCUUUAUUCUGUAAAUUUAGCAAAUGGACAAAUAGAACGUUUAGCAGAAAAUUUCUUUGGUAGUAUUAUGGGAUAUGCAAUGAAAAACAAUGAUAAUGUUUACAUACUUGGACAAUUAGGAACAGAAGCACAUAUUUAUACACACCAAUUAUCAACAAAAAAUUUGAUUUAUCAUAAUGGAUGGAAUGGUACAUAUCGAUCUAUUGUAUCAUCAUGUAAUAAUAGUAAUUCAAUUGCAUUUGUUUAUUCAUCAUUUGAAAAACCUAUGGAAGUUUAUUUUAUUAAUAAUAUUUAUCAACUUCAAUCAUCACAAGCAAUAACAAAUUUUAAUCAACUAUUUACUCAACGAGAUUUGCCACAAGCUAAAGUGUAUCACUGGAAAAAUGAAGAUGAUGAACAAAUAAUUGAAGGAAUGUUAUAUUAUCCACCUGGACAAUUUCAAUCAAAAAAUCUACCACUUUUAGUUCUUAUUCAUGGUGGUCCGGCUGAUACAAGCCUCAAUCAAUUUUUAUCAAAUGCCUUCUAUUGGGCUAUAAUGGCUGCUUCAGAAGGUUGGCUAGUCUUAGAACCUAAUUAUCGAGGAUCAGUAGGAUAUGGUGAUCAAUUUAUAGCUGAAAUACGUUACAAACCUUUAUCUCGACCUGGAAAAGAUAUACUUUCAGGAGUUGAUCAGUUAAUCAAAGAUGGAAUUGCUGAUCCACAUCGACUUACUGUUGGUGGUUAUAGUUAUGGUGGUUCGUUAACAAACUGGCUGAUUACACAAACUAAACGUUUUAAUGCUGCCGUUUCCGGUGCUGGCAUUGUUGAUCAUGCUUCUGCAUGGGGUACGAUGGAUAUACCAGCCUUUCAUAAGUAUUUCUUUGGAGGAUUCCCAUGGGAAGUUCCGUAUAUAUAUCAAAAUGAGUCACCUAUUUAUCAAUUAACCAAAAUGCAAACGCCUACACAUAUCAUCGCGGCUGAAAAUGAUAUACGGAUUCCUAUUAGUCAAAGUUAUAUGUUGGAACGUGCACUUUAUUAUCGAGAAAUACCAGUAAAACUUAUUAUUUUUCCAAAUGAAGGACACAUAAUAGAUUUUAAUCCUUUACAUGGUAAAAUAAAAAUUCGAGAAGAACUCAAAUGGUUACAAAAAUAUGGUAAUCAAUCAUCAAAUUACAAUGAAUUAUUUAAUAACAAUGAAAAACUAAAACUAAAUUAUGUUUUCGAAAUAUAUAUUUUAUUGUUACCCUAUAUAAUUAUAAAAAGUAUAUGA